AAUUCAGACAGUCGGACCACCCAAACCACCCUUCUCUCUCUGUCUAUUUAAUUUAAAAGAUAGCUUUUUUUUUUUGACAGAAAAUAAAAUAAAAAGAAAAAUCUGAAUAAAAAUAAUAGUUAUUUUAGUUAUAUCAGUCCUUCCUUCUAGAAGAAAUUUGAAUAAUAAGAAGAAGAAGAAGAAGGACGAUCUCAUUCUCAUUACAUACAAUCAAUCAAUAAUUUGAUUUUCUACCUUCUACGUGGGGGAGAGGAAAGUAGACUUUUUUAUUGGAUUAUUUAUUGAUAAUUUUGAUUUUAAGUUUCGAUCUCGAAUGGGUUUUUAUUAUUGUCGCCACCCAUUAUGACUUCUUCUUCUCCUUUUUCUUAGUUUUCUUGUAGUAGCCGCCCUCUCUCUCCUGUUCCUUUGUACUUUUCUCUCUCUAGAUUCUCUCUCUCUCUCUCUCUCUCUGUAGCUUCUAACAAUGGCUUUGACCUUUAGCGUUUAUCCCUUGUUAACAACACGUUUCUUUGAUGACCAGCUCAUUUGUAGCCGAAGAGAACCAAGCUUAAUAGUCACCACACCACAAUUCAUUUCCUCUUCUUCUUCUUCUUCUUCUUCUUCUUCUUCUUCUUCUUCGUGUUCAUAGUUCUUAACUCUCUAAAAUGUUGCCUUGGUCAGCAAGCGAGUAAGUUCAAAGCCAGAGACAAAAAGGAAAAAAAAACCAAGCUUUGAAUAAAACGAAACAGAGUUCUUUGUUUUACUUCUCAAAGAUUUGAUUUUUCUUUUCUUGUACAGCUUAUUCGUGUAUAAUUAAUUAAGUAGCGAACUGGGUUUCUUUUCUUUAGAACAGUUGUGGUAAAUUUCAUUCGCUAUGAUUGAUUUCUUCAUCAUGGUAUUUCAUGAAUUUGACGAUUAUUGACUCAGUUUCCUCAGAUCAAGCCUUUAGAUUCAAAUCUCCCCGCCAUAACUGUAGUUUCUAAACUUUCAAGAAAACCCAACUCAAGUUGGGAUGGACUCCAAAUCACCAGCUGAAAACUCUAUUCAUAUAGAGUCAACUUUCAAUACUUCAUCAUCCAGAAGAAGCAUUUCUUCAUAUCAGUCCAGGACCUCAGCUGCAAAUUCCAUUAGAGAAGUGAAUUUUGGUGAUCUGGGUCCGAAGCCCGUGAGGUAUGGGUCCAGAGCUGCAGAUUCCGAGGCGUUCAGCAUGUCAUUAAAGGAGAUUAACGACGAGGACGCGAGGUUGGUAUACAUUGAUGAUCCAGGGAAAACCAAUGAGAGAUUCGAAUUCGCUUCGAACACAAUUAAGACAGCAAAGUAUUCAAUAUUUACAUUCUUGCCAAGAAAUUUAUUUGAGCAAUUUCACAGAGUCGCAUACAUAUAUUUUCUUGUUAUAGCUGUGCUCAAUCAGCUUCCUCAACUGGCUGUUUUUGGUAGAACAGCUUCCAUUUUACCUUUGGCUUUUGUUCUCUUAGUUACUGCUGUUAAAGAUGCUUAUGAAGAUUACAGGCGCCAUCGGUCUGACCGAAUUGAAAACAACAGAUUGGCUUCAAUUCUGGUCAACAAUGAGUUCCAGCCAAAAAGAUGGAAGGAUAUUCAAGUUGGUGAAAUCAUCAAAAUUCAUGCAAAUGAAACUAUUCCUUGUGAUAUGGUGUUGCUCUCGACCAGUGAUCCAACUGGGGUUGCUUAUGUUCAGACUAUCAAUUUAGAUGGAGAGUCUAAUUUGAAGACUCGGUAUGCUAAGCAAGAAACUCUGUCAAAGUUGCCUGAGAAAGAAAAGAUUAGUGGGAUUAUUAAGUGUGAGAAACCCAAUAGGAAUAUUUAUGGAUUCCAGGCAAAUCUUGAUAUUGAUGGGAAGAAACUGUCUUUGGGACCCUCUAACAUUAUUAUUCGAGGUUGUGAGCUCAAGAAUACUGGAUGGGCUAUUGGGGUUGCAGUGUAUGCUGGGAGGGAGACAAAAGCUAUGCUCAACAAUUCUGGUGCCCCUUCUAAGAGGAGCCGGCUUGAGACCCGUAUGAACUUAGAGAUCAUCAUUCUUUCUGUGUUUCUUAUUCUUUUGUGUAGUGUUGUGUCUGUAUGUGCUGGUGUUUGGUUGAGGCGCCACAGGGAUGAAUUGGAUUACCUCCCAUUUUAUCGGAGAAAGGACUUUUCUAAGGGGGAUGAGGAGAAUUAUGAGUACUAUGGGUGGGGAAUGGAGAUAUUUUUCACUUUCCUCAUGUCUGUCAUUGUCUUCCAGAUUAUGAUCCCUAUUUCUCUGUACAUUUCAAUGGAGCUUGUUCGAGUUGGACAGGCUUAUUUUAUGAUCCGAGAUGCACAAAUGUAUGAUGAAGCCUCAAAUUCAAGAUUUCAGUGCAGGGCUCUAAAUAUAAAUGAAGAUUUAGGACAGAUAAAGUAUGUAUUUUCAGAUAAAACCGGUACUCUUACCGAGAACAAGAUGGAGUUUAAGUGUGCUAGCAUUUGGGGGGUGGAUUACAAUGGCAGCAAAGAGAGUUCAGAAACUGAGCUCCCAGGUUACUCAGUUCAAGUUGAUGGAAAUACUUUGAGGCCGAAGAUGAAGGUGAAUGUUGAUCCAGAGCUCCUACAACUUGCAAAGAGUGGACGGGAUACUAGUAGAGGCGCACAAGUGCAUGAUUUCUUACUUUCCUUGGCAGCUUGCAAUACAAUUGUUCCUCUUGUGACAGAUACAUCAGAUCCUAGUGUGAAGUUGAUGGAUUACCAAGGGGAGUCACCAGAUGAACAGGCAUUGGUUUAUGCUGCUGCAGCCUAUGGAUUUAUGCUUAUUGAAAGAACCUCAGGGCAUAUAAUUAUCGAUAUUCAUGGACAAAGGCAAAGGUUCAAUGUUUUGGGUUUGCAUGAGUUUGAUAGUGAUCGUAAGAGAAUGUCGGUCAUACUAGGGUGCCCUGACAAUUCUGUGAAAGUUUUUGUAAAAGGUGCUGAUACGACGAUGUUUAAUGUGAUUGAUAAAUCUGUAAACUUAAGCAUAGUACGUGCAACAGAAGGCCAUCUUCAUGCUUACUCCUCAAUUGGUUUAAGAACACUUGUUGUUGGGAUGCGGGAUCUAAGUUCUUCAGAAUUCGAGCAGUGGCACUCUUCGUUUGAGGCAGCAAGCACUGCUUUGCUGGGUCGGGCUGCUCAGCUUCGCAAGGUUGCUAGCAACAUAGAGAAAAAUCUUAGAAUACUUGGCGCCUCAGGAAUUGAAGAUAAGCUGCAACUAGGGGUGCCUGAAGCCAUAGAAUGUCUAAGAGCAGCUGGAAUUAAGGUUUGGGUUUUGACAGGGGACAAGCAAGAAACGGCCAUAUCAAUUGGCUACUCUUCGAGGCUCCUAACGUCUAGGAUGACCCAAAUUAUUAUUAACAGCAACUCUAAAGAUUCUUGUAGAAGAAGUUUACAAGAUGCAAUACUCAUGGCUAAAAAGCUUGUGACAGUGUCUGGGGUCACAUACAAUAAUGAAGGAACCUCUCGAGAUGGUCCAACUCCAGUUGCCUUGAUCAUUGAUGGUACUAGCCUUGUUUAUAUUCUUGACAGUGAACUUGAGGAAGAGCUCUUUGAGUUGGCAAGUAAAUGUUCUGUAGUGCUAUGUUGCCGUGUGGCUCCAUUGCAAAAAGCUGGAAUUGUUGCCCUUGUAAAGAAGAGAACUUCUGACAUGACACUGGCCAUUGGAGAUGGUGCUAAUGACGUUUCAAUGAUUCAAAUGGCUGAUGUUGGAGUUGGUAUCAGUGGCCAAGAGGGUCGACAAGCUGUAAUGGCAUCAGAUUUUGCAAUGGGCCAAUUCAGAUUCUUGGUUCCCCUUUUGUUGGUCCAUGGACAUUGGAAUUACCAGCGAAUGGGUUACAUGAUUUUGUACAAUUUUUAUAGGAAUGCAGUAUUUGUUCUUGUUUUAUUUUGGUAUGUCCUCUUCACAAGUUUCACUUUGACAACUGCAAUUAACGAAUGGAGCAGCGUGUUGUAUUCUGUGAUCUAUACUUCGGUGCCUACUAUAAUUGUUGGAAUUCUUGACAAAGAUUUAAGUAGAAGAACUCUUUUACAGUAUCCUCAACUUUAUGGUGCUGGUCACAGACAAGAAAGCUACAACUCAAAACUGUUUUGGCUAACAGUAAUUGAUACAUUGUGGCAAAGUCUAGUCAUCUUUUUUGUCCCUCUUUUUGCAUACUGGGAAAGCAACGUUGAUGGAUCCAGCUUGGGGGAUCUUUGGACUGUUGCCGUGGUUAUUUUGGUUAAUUUGCACUUGGCUAUGGAUGUUAUUCGUUGGACUUGGGUUACUCAUGCUGCUAUUUGGGGAUCAAUCAUUGCAACCUGGAUUUGUGUCAUGAUCAUUGAUGCUGUACCAUCCUUAGUUGGUUAUUGGGCAAUCUUUGAGAUCGGAAAGACCAGGUUGUUUUGGUCCUGUUUACUUGGAAUCAUUGUUGCGGCACUUCUACCUCGAUUUGUUGUGAAGUGUCUUCAUCAGUAUUAUAGCCCUUGUGAUGUUCAAAUUGCCAGUGAAGCUGAGAAGUUUGGGAAUCCAAGAGAGUUAGGUGCUGCACAAAUAGAAAUGAAUCCAAUCUUGGACCAUCCACAGAGAUGACAAGGUGAUUUUGUUCCUUUCUUGUAUACCGUUCUAUUUCAUUCAUAUAUAGUUUUACUUAUUCUUUAGGCUGCUCUAGAGUCUCUUUUUCUUUCUCUUGGUUGCCCGAUUUUCAUUUGGUGCUAUCCGAAGGAUAGAGUUUCCGAUAGCAGUAGAUUUAUAUUCCACUUCUCUUGUAGUUUGCAUACAUAAGUUAAUGUAAAUCAGCGGUGUGUACAAUGUAAAUGAGUUCCAAUUAGUCAAUUGUAAAAUGAAAUUCACAUUAUUGAAAGAGUUAAAACAAGAUUUUCCACCCAACUUUUUUUC